AGUCAUCACAACAAGGCUCGUCUGUUAACCCUCUAACAAUGUUCUUACUAUAGGUCCAACCAGGCGUCUUGCACAGCUGAACGGUUGCCAUGGGAGAUUAAAGGAUUAAAGAAUCAUAUUAACCCUCUAAGUAUGUUUUUGAUAAGGGAUUAACUUUAUAACAUGAGGAAAAGCUCCAAAAAGUAGAUUUUACAUGAUACUGCCCCUUUAAGACUGGUAAAGAUUAGCUGAGUAUUUCUUUAGUUCACUAGAAAAAUAAUCCGGUGUGAAGAUUGAAGGGAAACGAUGUCACUUGUUCAUGUGCGCUACAACCUAACCCAAAGAAGUGAAACCAUCUGGUGAUAUUUAUAAUAUGUACAUAAUAUGGAUUAUGUGAAGGGAAAAGUUGAAAAGGCUUCCACUGAAAUUCAUCUUGGAGAUCUUUGCAGUCGUGAAUGGGCUCAAGUGAAACGUGUCGGUCUUCUGUUUACGUUUUGAUGCAGUUUGUGGACUUACGUGAUAUUUAAAGUGCUAACCUGCUUCUGUUUCUGAUCUUCACCAUACGUACAGCAGCUCUCCUCUUCGGGGUCACAAUUUCAAACAAUCCCAGCUCGAAACGUGUCUAUUUUCUCUGUUUCUUUCCUUCCAUCCCAGACGGGUUGACUGUUACAUCAGGCUGUGUGUUCCUUCCUCUCCCCCCCCCACCUUUUCCGUCUCUCUCGCUCUCUUUUUCUCUCUCUCUUUCCCUCUUUCCCUCUGAGUCUCCUGUCCAUACCCAGAAAUACCUUCCAAAGACGAGGUCAGCAGCGAAUCACGGCUUUGAGUACAACAAGUUCUAGAGAAUGUGGACUCUUCUCUGAGAGAGGACAGAGGAACGUCAGAAUGAGCGCAGCUCCUUGAGACGACGAAGCGUCAUGGCGGUCAAACUGAACCUUUGCUGCGUCUUCUUCAUCCUGAUGGCUGCCACCGUAAAGGCUCAAGUCAAUCCAGAAAUGUGUCGCUAUCCUCUGGGCAUGACCGGCGGGCAGAUCCAGGACGAGGACAUCUCUGCUUCCAGUCAGUGGUCCGAGUCCACUGCUGCACGAUUCGGAAGACUGGACUUUGACACCGGCGACGGGGACGGGGCCUGGUGUCCCGAUAUCAUGUCGGAGCCUGGCGGCUUCAAGGAGUACCUCCAGGUGGAUUUGCGCUCGCUGCACUUUAUCACCCUCGUUGGCACCCAGGGUCGCCACGCCGACGGCAUGGGCAACGAAUUCGCCCAGAGGUACAGAAUAAAGUACAGCCGGGACGGCGGCAGCUGGGUGGGCUGGCAUGACAGGAUGGGAAAUCAGGUUGUCGAGGGCAACAAGAACACCUACGAUGUGGUCCUGAAGGAUCUCGAGCCCCCCAUCGUCGCCCGCUUCGUCCGCUUCAUGCCCGUCACUGACCCCUCCUUGAUCGUGUGUAUGAGAGUGGAGCUCUACGGCUGUGAAUGGCUGGAUGGCCUGGUGUCUUAUAGCAUUCCGGAUGGACACCAGAUGAUCUACAGAGGCCUGGAUGUCUUCUUUAAUGACUCUGUGUAUGAUGGAGCAACAGCUCAAAGACUGACCAAGGGCCUGGGCCAGUUGACGGACGGCACCUGGGGUUUGGAUGACUUUCUGCACAGCCAUGUCCCUGGAGCGUGGCCUGGGUACGACUACGUGGGAUGGAGCAACAAGACGUUCCCCAAAGGUUACAUAGAGGUGGUCUUUGACUUUGACCACAUCCGCAACUUCACCUCCAUGAAGGUGCACUGCAACAACAUGUUCAGUCGUGGAGUGAGGCUGUUCAGACAGGCCACGUGCUUCUUCCGCUCCGAAUCAGAAUGGGAGCCUGACCCCAUGACCUUCAGGCCGUCCGCCGAGCCCCUGAGCCAAAGCGGCCGAUUUGUCACCGUGCCCCUCGGGGAUCGAACGGCCAGCAGCAUCAAGUGCCGUUUUCACUUCAGCGACCAGUGGCUGCUGUUCAGCGAGGUGGCCUUCCAGUCGGGCUCUGCAGUUUACAACACGUCACUGGGUCCUCACAAGCACGGACAACCCAAAAAAUUCCUCCUAGGGGAGGAUCCAACUCACAAAGUGGAUGACAGCAACACGAGGAUCCUGAUUGGCUGCCUGGUGGCUAUUAUCGCCAUCCUUUUGACUAUCAUAGUCAUCAUACUGUGGAGGCAAGUCUGGCAAAAGAUGCUUGAGAAGGCCUCCCGCCGCUGGUUGGACGACGAGUUGACGGCUCGCCUCGCCGUCCAGACCCAGGCCUUCUCCUUCCUCCGCUCCUCUCAGUCCAGCGAGGACGGUUCCGGCUCUGGCUCCACGUACGAGAGAAUCUACCCCGCCUGCGCCGACUACCAGGAGCCUUCUCGCCUCAUCCGCAAACUGCCCGAAUUUGCCGAGUGUGCAGAACACCUCGAGUCGGGAACCUCCAGUAGAGCAGGCGUCGGCUCCGACGGCGCGCCGCAUUACGCCGAGGCGGAUAUCAUCAGUCUGCAAGAGUCCUCGGACAGCGGCUCCAUCACAGCCGUCAACACGAACCUCUUUGCUGGAUCGGAUUCGACCUUGAGGGAGUUCCCAAGAGAGAAGCUGACCUUCAAGGAGAAACUGGGAGAGGGCCAGUUUGGGGAGGUGCACUUGUGCGAGGCUGAGGACAUGCUGGACUUCUUGGGUGAGGAUACGUCGAUGGAAGGUAGCAGCGAGUCUUCUUUGCUCGUAGCUGUGAAGAUGCUGCGGGAAGACGCCAACAAGAACGCCAGGAACGACUUCCUGAAGGAGAUAAGAAUCAUGUCUCGUCUGAGGGAUCCCAACAUCGUCCGCCUCCUGGCGGUGUGCGUGGACACGCACCCUCUGUGUAUGAUAACGGAGUACAUGGAGAAUGGCGACCUGAACCAGUUCCUUUGCAGUCUCAGACUGAAGACCCUGACUGGUGGCGACGCAGAUCAGCAGGAGCGGAGCGACGAAGUCAGUUCCAUCAAACUGCUCGGCAUGGCGGUGCAGAUUGCGUCUGGUAUGAAGUACCUGUCCUCUCUCAACUUUGUCCACCGGGAUCUGGCGACCCGCAACUGCCUGGUGGGGAAGAACGACACCAUCAAGAUAGCGGAUUUCGGCAUGAGCCGGAACCUCUACAGAGGGGACUACUUCCGCAUCCAGGGACGAGCCGUCCUGCCAAUUCGCUGGAUGUCCUGGGAGAGCAUCCUUUUAGGUAAGUUCACCAUGGCCAGCGAUGUGUGGGCCUUCGGGGUGACUCUGUGGGAAAUCCUGACCCUGUGCAAGGAGCAGCCAUACUCGCAGCUCUCUGAUGAGCAGGUGAUCGAAAACACGGGCGAAUUCUUCAGGAACCAGGGCAAGCAGGUAUACCUGCCAAAACCUCAGUGUUGUCCUGACAGAAUCUAUGUCGAUCUCAUGCUAAGCUGCUGGAGGAGAAACGCUAAGGAAAGGCCGAGCUUCCAGGAGAUACACGCCCAGCUGACGGAGAGCAGAUGAGACACCAAGCAACUUCUACAGGGUUAAUUAAGCCUGGAAGUGUCAGUUCUAGAUUAACUGGACAAACUAUGGAGCUAAAUUGGGGUCACAAAGUUUGUUCAAAAGAAAAAAAUCUGAAACUGAAAAAAAUAGUUUUACUUUCUGUUUCGCAGUUUGAAAACAUUUUUGU